UGAGGUGGCAGCAUUCUUAACAGUCAGAAUGUAACAUUUGCUCGCGGAGCAGCGUUCGUGCACCUGGAACUGCUCAUGCCCUGUUAACUGCUAAAACAAUUGCACGCGUGUUUCUUGGCUCCGAGUGUAUCUGUAUUAGGUGUAGUAAUUUGAUAUCUCCAGUGUAACUUCAGAAUGUACGUGUAAAGACCAUUUUUGUUUCAAAUCGAAAGAGAUUUCCGCCACUAUUCCUUGUGUAUAAGGAUCAAAGCAGAUGAGGACUCCUUCAGCUAGAAGAUACAUCACGUACAGUUUGCGAAUGCCGAAGAAUAAUUCAUGCCAGUCUAUUUUAGAACCACGCGAAGAGUGUAACUUUGUUGCUGUCCCUCCGGACUUGAAGCAAGAACAUUCAAAGAUAGUACAUCUAUAUGUCAGUGCUAUUCGAAGUAUGGAUACAAAUAUCACUCUGUGGCAAUUUUUGCUAGAGUUGUUAUUAAGCAACCAAUACAACCACAUCAUAACAUGGACCAACAGUGAAGGAGAAUUCAAACUGUUGAACGCAGAAGAAGUUGCUCGAAUGUGGGGUUUGAGAAAAAACAAAUUGAAUAUGAAUUACGACAAACUAAGCCGAGCUCUCAGGUACUAUUAUGACAAAAAUAUCAUCAAGAAAGUGUUAGGGCAAAAAUUCGUUUAUCGUUUCGUGUCCUUCCCUGAAAUCAUGAAAGUCGAGCACAAGAUCCCUUUCCACCUAAAAAUGGACGGUAUAGCAAAGACAAAAGGAAUUUAUUUUCAUAAAUUACCAUUUAUUCUUCCAUCACUGGCACGUACGUUGUCCACUUCUGAAACUAAGCUGGACUCUCAUCAACAAACUGUUCCUCUAGACCUAAGGGAAGACAGUGAAAAGAAACUAAUUAAGAAUGAGAAACACAAGGUGGAAGCUAAGAGGAACAUCGUGACAUCUACAGUUCAAAGUUCAUCGCGGUUACAAAUGACCUCUUCUAAUGGAUCUGGGGCCAAAAGAUUGAGUAAAGAUGAUGAGGCACAGAGUGGUUUACCUUUGCAGCCACAUAAUAAACGAAUAAAAGUUGAGGUUAAUACAGAUUCCAGUUCAUUUUCUUUACCUUCAUCGAAGGUUGAUUGUCCUCCUAAAUAUUCGAUAACAGUAGCUUCAACAAUUUCUACCACUUCUAAAUCGAAACCAAAACCACCUCCAAUACAAGCCGUCCCAUUGAGCCCAGGAAGUAGUCCACAGCCAUAUACGAGUGGAUUUGCCUCUUUGCAGACACCUGUUGUCACCUUUACCAGUCCUUUUCUAUCGCAAAGUAAGACACCUUUAAUACCUACACACCCCUGGACACCUUUAAGUCCUGUACAACUGACAAGUCCCCAUUAUUCCCCCGGCGCAACAACCCAUUUUCAGUUUCCACCGCACGUGUCUAGUUUUGGAUUUGGUUCAUAUUCACCAUUCACUAAAUUAUUCAAUAGUCACUUUUCUCCUUUAGAGCAAAAAGUUGUGUUGUCACAGACCAAGUCUAUUCCCGUGGAACAGUGAGACAAUGAUGUAAAACAGUAGUGUUGUAAUAUUCCCGUGGAACAGUGAUACAAUGAUGUAAAACAGUGUUGUAAUAUUCCCGUGGAACAGUGAUACAAUGAUGUAAAACAGUGUUGUAAUAUUCCCGUGGAACAGUGAUACAAUGAUGUAAAACAGUGUUGUAAUAUUCCCGUGGAACAGUGAGACAGUGAUUAAAAAAAGUAGCUCUGCUUGUCAUCUACCAAAAUUAAUUUCCAUAAAUCAUAGAACAGGAGCGUGGUUUUUUCAAAAGGUUUGGGGGUGGGGGGACAAGAAUGACUGACCUCGCGUGGGCCACAACUUCAGUCGGGGCCCCUACGCUGUGGCGUAAUUUGUGUAUAUCUUUUAAUCCGGCAUAACUAAAAAUGUGUCACCAGAGUUUGAGGAAGCUCUGUCGCCUUCCCCUCAAAUAGCGUCCUUGACAGAGAAACAGUGAUGUAUAAACGUAGUGUUGUAAUAUACCGUGGAUAAAUGAGGCAGUGAUGAAUAAACGUAUCUUUGUCUGUCACCUAUCAAGUCCAUUCCACAGAACAGUGCAUAAAAGAACAAUUGUCAUCGUCCAAGUCCAUUCCCGGCGAACAGAGGGAUGAUUAUGUGUGUCAGUAGUGUUAUAACUUAUCCAUCCCGUUCACAGGGAACAGUAAAGGUGUGAUCUGUAUAAGAAGGUGUGCCACCAACAGAGUGGUGGUUUUUAAAAUUAGAGUCAUUAUUGACCGAGUCCCGUCCCGUGGAAGUGGUUAAGCAAUGUACACACAAAGAGUGGAUUUUUUUCAAUGACAUUUCAUUAAAGUUUUUGUAUGGAAACUGGCGCGCCAACAGAGAGUUAUGCCCUCUCUUGGGCCAGAAGUAUCGAAAUGACAUUUCAUUAAAGUUUUUGUAUGGAAACUGAGGCGCCAACAGAGAGUUAUGCCCUCUCUCGGGCCAGAAGUAUCGAAAUGAAGGUAACUUUGGAGUUAUGGAUGGGAAGGAGUCAAAAAAAGGCAUCGAAGAGAGAAACGACUUUAUAUAAAAGUAACUUUACCAUGGCCAACCAGUUGUGUUUUGUUAUUUUGAAAUUUUAACCUGUUUUGAUUAAGUGAGAGCUAACUGAUUAAAUCGAUUAGAGGUAAAUUAUGUUAAAAGAUACAUACAUGUAUCUUAAUUAAAAAAACAAAGAGCACGUAUCUAAAUGUUGCCUCAGAUUUUCUAAUUUUCAAAAUUCGAAACCCCUCGUCUAUUUUCAAGUGUUUUAUUAAAGCGCCACCUGUAGAAAAACAUAAUUGGUGAUAACUUUUGCUUGGUAUCGCCUAACGGCGAGAUGCAUAGGUGCUUAUUAUCAGUCUGGUUUUUCAAAGAAUAAAACACUUUAUUUUAUGUUU